AUGUCCAAAUCCCUUUCGCACGCCAAGAUCCUCGCCCGGCGCUCCGCCGACCGCGGGUACGCCGAACACGGCGGGUGGCUCAAGUCCUUCCACACCUUCAGCUUCGCCAGCUACUACGACCACAAGUACACCAACUUCGGCUCACUGCGCGUGCUCAACGAAGACCGCGUCGCAGCCCACAAUGGUUUCCCGACCCACCCGCACCGCGACGCCGAGAUCUUCAGCUACAUCCUCUCGGGGGAAUUGACGCACCGGGACUCGAUGGUGCGCAAGGGCGCCGAGGGCACACAGGGAAAGGACUUUUACCGGAUGAAGCGCGGCGACGUGCAGUUUACGACGGGCGGCACGGGGAUCGCGCACUCGGAGCAGAACGAGAGUGACAAGCCCGUGCAUUUCCUGCAGAUUUGGGCGUUGCCGUGGAAGACCGGGUUGAAGCCGCAGUAUCAUACGAAGAGCUUUGAUGAGGAGGCCAAGAGACAGGGGUUCGUUCCCAUCUUGUCGCCGCUCAAGGGUGGUGUUGAUGCUACGCCGAAAGAAGAGGCGGAUGCGGUGCCGAUGAUUGAGGGGACGAUUCCGAUCCAUGCGGACUUUGUCAUGGGGGCGGGGCUUAUUGGGGAGAGGAAGAGGUUUGAGUGGAGGGUUGGGGGUGGUGAGGGCGUGGUUGAGAAGAGGAAGAAGAGGAAUGUGUAUGUGCAUUUGCCCAUGACCAAGGGCGGCAAGGCCAAGAUUCGCCUGGAUCAGAGGGAGGACGCGGUGUUGAGUGAGGGUGAUGGAGCGUUCAUCACGGGGGUCAAUGUUGGCGAUGUCCUUAGUGUUGAGAGUGUCGGGGAUGUCGAGGCCGAGGUUAUUGUUCUCGACAGCGAUUAG